AUGACGAAAUGCCGGCUCCGUCAUCUCAUGAUCCUUACGGGAUCCGUACUGGCCUGUGUAUGGUUCUUCCUCGGUGGUGAACUACGAGCCAUUGCGGACCAGUACAACGUCCGAGACUAUCUCAGAGACUCUCUCGACCCGACCAGGCAGCCCAUCAGGCCAUCCAAUGCCACUGCUGUGGGCGACAAGGCCAUUGUUAUGGCGGCCCUGGAGGAGGAAGACACCCAGUGGGUUGAGGAAUAUCUCCCGGACUGGCAGCGGGCGAUCUACACCGUCAACCCAUCGCCAGAAACCCGAAGAGACCCAAACCGCCUUAAAACGCCGGCGAACAAGGGCCAUGAAGCAAUGGCGUACCUUACCUAUGUCAUAGAACACUACGAUUCUCUCCCUUCUGUCGUCGCCUUCUUACACUCUCACCGCAACGGCUUUCUCAGGGCGUGGCAUGUCGAUGCUCCGCUGCACGAUAACGCUAUAGCUAUGCAGUCCCUGCAGACGGACUAUAUCAGGGAAAACGGCUAUGCUAACCUUCGAUGUAUGCGCAACCUGGGUUGCACAUCGCCCGGCAGACACCCGCUUAUUACACCUGAAGUGUGGGGCGAACUAUUUAACGGCACAGCGCAGGGGAGAGCUGCAGCUGCUGCCAACGGAGACAGGACAAGUGUUCAAACCGUUAUACCAGUGCCGGAUGUGGUGAUGGUUGCAUGCUGUGCGCAGUUUGCUGUCUCAAGGGACCAGAUUCGACUUCGACCGUUGGAGGAUUACAUACACUUCCGGCAGUGGUUGUUUGAUACCUCGCUCAAUGACGCCACUAGCGGCCGUAUAUUCGAGUAUAUCUGGCAUAUAAUCUUCGGCAAGGAUGCUAUCUACUGUCCUGAGGAAGAUACAUGCUACUGCAAGGUCUAUGGCCGCUGCUAG